CAGACAGACAGACAGACGGGGAGAGAGAGAGAAAGAAAACGAGCACGUCGGCAUAGUACACCACAACACAUCCAUAGGCCAGUGACGAAAACACAGUUAUUGUGCACACAAACAGCUGGGCACACAAACAGCCAACGCACACAGUAAGUCUUAGUUAGUAGAUCAGAAGUCUGGUUGGAAGAUGGCAUCCAAGUCGUGCAGUUUCUUCACCAACGGCACCAUUGAUUUGCUGCAGCAGAUAACGACACGACAGAUAAACAAUGAGUUGCUGUAGCGCGUGUGGGAUCAGCUUAUCAAACUUACUCGUAUGACCCGUCUGAUGUCACCAAGAAGACCGGCUUCUGACCUUGAGUCUUUUCCAGCGUCUCCACGAAGUCGCCAUCCUUCAGUGCACAGGAAAUGGAGAACGAUCGCAUCACAGAUUGCCAUAGAUAAACGAAUGUGUGCAACAUACCCCAGCCACGAAGACCACCGCUGCGAUCUCGGGGUCGUCGGCCAUCUCUUUCAGCUUGUCAGCGAUUGCGAUGUCAGCACCCUUCUGUUGACGAUUUGACUUCAGCCUACACGGAAGAGGGGGCAGGUGCGUCUGUUCUCUCGCCAUGAUGUGUGUGCCGCAUCUCACAUACUUGGCCUCAUGGAUUUUCGCCAUGUGUUCAAUGCCCUUGUGGAAGUUCUUGAGAGCUUUCUGGGCUGCCAUGGUGCUCAUGUCGUCGGGCCGUGUGCUCACCACAUAGGUGCUGUUGGGGGUGAUCUCAUACUGAGGCCAUUUGUAGCCGAAGCAGCUGAUUAGGUACUGGAAGCCCUCGGGCGUCAUGGAACGUUCCGUGAGGGCAACAUGCCUUUUGUCCAGGAAGGCCGAGUCGAUGAUCACGGCAGCAGCUCCUCGACUGCACACACACACAUUACUCACCUUACUCGCUCUCUCUGCCUGGCAGUCAUGGAACCUGUUCAUGGUCGUUGCUGGGGGUCCGUUCAGAGGUGGUGGAGACACACGACCCGGCGUGGGUGUGGGUGCGGUAGGUGUGGCUGUGCGGGGCGGCGUGCCAGCGGAAGGCAGUCGCCCUUGGUACUGCUUCUUGAUCGCCUCUAGCUCCCUGAGGCACUUAGCUACGGCAUCCGGCUGGUCUGUAGUGUUAUCACACAGAACGGAAGGGACAUGUGCCUGUCGUGGCCUUCGUGUGUCUCUAUCUAUAUGGGCUGACCUUUGACUUUGAUAAUUGUGCUGUUGUCGUUUCGGUGGGGGAUAGAAAUGUCAAUCACAUCUGACACAUAAGCGUUUUCAGCACAAGGGGCAUGUGUUUGGUUCAUCCGGCCUUCCAGUGAUGUGCGUACCCCGUCCGCCGCAUCGAUCGCGCAGGGCCGUGACGGUCGAGCCGCCCUUGCCGAUGUAAAGACCAGCCACGUCCUGCACUCAUACACCAUACGCACAAGAGAGGCGCGUGUGUACGUGCUCCGCCGGUUCCGUGUCUGUGUGUGUGUGUGCGUGUGUGUGCAUGGGUAUCUCACCGAUGCCUCCAUGUCGAACGUGGUCUCGAUCUCAUUCCCGCGCAAUUGCUGUGGCCGACCAGAGCAGCUGCCACUACCGAGAUCUGACCACACACACAGAGAGGGAGAGAGAGAGGGGAAACGCAGCGGACACACCACACACAGAGGCGUCAGUCACACACGAGGGAUGCUCAGUGGCUCACCAUUGGGUGCCGUGAAUGGGAGUCUGGGCGGAUUGUCGUCCUUUGCAGAGCUCCUGCACGCGGCAACCAGGCACGACACACACCGCAGUCAGUGGCUGUCCCUCGCACCGAUGCCGAUCUCACCUGGUUGCUUGUGGUGGCCGACAUACCUCAGGAUGGUCCCUGCAUACCAAGUGCACAAGUGGAUUGUAUCGUGAAGUAAUCGACCAUUCGUCUCUGCCAUACCGCAAGUAGUCGAGUUCCUCCUGAGUAUGUGCAGCGUGGCAACCGUCGCCAUGGCGGCAUUUGCCUCUCGGUUUCAACGAAUGAGGUGUGGUCAAUGUGGCACUAUAGUGCCGUUCUGUGGCGUACCUUGUUUGUGGAACUUGCACCACUCCGGUAUGCGCUGCCGCAGAUCCUGCCGUCCAUGAGCGAACGGACAGCGAUCGCCUCGCUCGCACAGUGCCCUGCGCAGCCACUUUUGGCAGAGCUUGGUCUUGAAGUUCUGGGCUGUGCUCUCUGUGUUCUCGUUAGUUGAUCUGACCAACACACACACACACACACAAAGACACAGACCACACACACACGCAUUCGUGCGUGUGUGCACACUUAUUGCCAUCAUCGCACCGCGUAUCGCUAUCUCCAUCGUCCGUUGAGCUGUCCAAGGAGAAAGGGGUACCCGCCGGCAUACUGAUGGCGUCGGGGAUGUGUUGCGACGAAGGAAUAAGGACGUAUAAUGGAUAAUAAUAUAAAGGAGAGGCAGUGUAGGAGCAGACAGGCAGC